CCUUGGCUGUCAGGCCGGGUGAGGUCGGAUAGGCUACGAAAUGGCGGCUAGCGAGAUGGAAGACCGACAGCUUGAAGAGCGUCGACUGAAAGCCGAACUCUGGAAGGCUCUCCGCCGAAUGGUGCGAGACCAGGUCGACGAGGAGGAUGUCGACAUCACGCCCUCAUUCCUCAUUGCAAUGACUGAGAUGGUGUGGGAUCGCAUAGCUGAUACAACAGACGAUCUGAUCAUGUUUGCAAAGCAUGGACGGCACGCGCAGAUCCAGCCUUCGGACGUUUUGCUCCUUGGAAGGCGGAACGCGGGCCUCGAAUCGGUUCUGAGGUUGUACAUGGAUAAUGAUAGGCAGCAUGGAGUGUCGGAGGAGCAGCAGCAGCAGCAGCAGCAGAAAGCCAAGGGCACCUCAGAACGAAAUUCGCAGCCGGGACGACGGAAAGACCGAGAAGACACCGACCGUGACGACGACCUUGACCUUUCCGAACGCGAAGGGGAUAUCUGGGACCAAUUCCCUGAUUCCACCAAGGAUACGCAUGGCUAAUGGGAAUUGGCUAGCCAGUCAGCUUCGGCAUGGAUAAAUUAUUUUGAUUGGGCCUGAGAACCACAACUAGGAAGGUCACGAAGUCAUCCUGGUCUUCAUGUCAAUUGGCGUCUCGAAUUUCCAAGGAGGAGAAAGCGAUGAACCAAACCCAAGCAACAGUGGACCGUCGGCCGAAAUGCUGUGUGGCACAUGUACUUAUGCAGCACACCGUAUGAUUAUCGGCGCUUCGGGAGUCGUUGUGAGACACGCGGCUCGAGGGCAUUGAGACCAUUGAAGCUAUACGAAAUAGCUAUAGAGUGGAGCCCACUGAAUGGACUACGCUCAGCGGAAAUACGGUUGCUGAAGAAGCGCUAUAUCUGUACAGAUUAUGUACUGUAGUAGCAUAUAUAUCUCUCACAACAUCGAGAUUGGCGCCCAUCUAUUACAACAAUACCAUUCAGACUCGCUCAGCUUUUUUA